UAAAUUUUUCGUUUUCAGAAAUUAUAAUUAAUCUCGAUAUUUUCAAAUGUUAAUAGAAAUUUAGUAAUAAAAUAGGUAUUUUUUGAAUUCGAACUUAUAUAAAAAUGAUUCACGACGCACUGUUAGUUUUAUGGGAUUGCUCGCAAACCAAUGCGCCACAGCCUGCACCACUUACCUAUGCAAAUGAGGGAGAUGCAGAAGUAUACAACAGAAUUUACGCCAUUGCAAAGAGUCACCAUAAAAUUCAAAACUUUGUUAUAGGAACUGCCUUUCAUUCCAGAAAAUCACAAACAGCAUCUGGACAUAAAUCCUAUGGACUGUACGGACAAGCAUUGAGUGAAGGCAUUACUGAAGUUUUACAGUCAUAUAAGAAUACUUUAAAGGAAGUAGAAGAACUUGUUAUCGGGAAUCCAAAUUACACAUUAUCUUUGUUGUACAGUUAUGUUGAAAAGUUUCAAGGAUUAUUUAAUACACUAAAUAGAAUUAUAAGUACUAUCAAAGAGAGAAGACUGACAGGAUGCCAGAUUUUAAGCAUUAUACAUCAAUUCAUUUUAAAUGGCAAUAAAAUGGUACAUGAUGCUGUUAUACAGAUAUUUUGCUGCAUUAACACAGUUUUUAUCAAUCAACUUUGUACAUGGUUACUUUAUGGUGAAUUGAGAGACCCAUACCAAGAAUUCUUUGUGUACCAGAUGAAGAAAAAUGAUACCUCAGACACAUUUAUUUCCACUCCAUCAUCAACAACUACUUGUGAUAAAUCACUUGUGUCAACGCUACAGCAAACACCUUUGGAUUGUGGGUACAAUCUAAACCCAAAUAUGAUACCAUAUUUUAUACCACUUUCCUUGGCGCAGGAAAUAUUAUUCAUUGGUAAAACUGUCAUUCUAUUUGGCUUCGAUCCUAAGAAAGUUAAGAAAAACAAUAGUUUUACAAUUAACAGACCAAUGCUAACUUUGCAGAAGAUUGAUGCAGAUUCAAGAAGAUUUACAAUUUGGGAAGAGAAGGAAGCAGAAUUUCACGAAAAAUUGCAAAAACUUAAAACUAUUGAAGUAUUUGAAGCGUAUAACUUGAGGGGUGUGGUGAGAGAGAUAAAAGAGUGUGUCACAAAGCAUUUAUGGACUGUAGCAGUUGAGGAAGCACAUUUAUUACACGAACUUCGUCUCAUGAAGGACUUUUAUCUUAUCGGUCGUGGAGAACUAUUUUUGGAAUUGCUACGUCUCACGGCGCCUAUGCUCGACAGGCCCACUACCAGAAAUUCUACCAGAGAUAUGAACCAUGCGUUUCAAUUAGCGGCUCGAGCUGUGUUCCUGAGCAAUAGUGCCGAUAUAGAAAAGUUUAGCUUCGAACUACCUUACGUCAAACCUAAUAUUUCUGUGAAUUCUUCCGUUGAGGAUGAUAGCAGCACGGUCGCAGAUGGGUGGUCAAGUAUAAUUUUAAAAUAUGACUUCAAAUGGCCCCUUCAUCUACUAUUUGCUCCGGAGGUCCUGGCGCGGUACAACGACAUGUUCAGACUUUUGCUGAGAAUAAAGAAGACUCAACACGAUCUGCAUGCGCUCUGGAAGACUUAUAAGCAAUCUCCUAGGUUCACAAUGUGUCAAUUGCAUAACAAAUUGAUGUUUCUAAUGGACAAUCUUCAACAUUACCUUCAAGCUGAUGUGUUGGAAACUAAUUUCUCUCGUCUCAUGGAAGCAGUUAACAAAACUAAUGAUUUUGAGAAAUUGAAGAAAGCACAUGCUACUUUUCUGGCGGAUAUAUUAAGUCAAUCUUUCUUAACCGUAACAUCUGGUGAUAAUGAUUCUGGCGAUACACUCGACUCAAUAAACAACCCGGUAUUCUGUAAUAUUAUGGAACUGCUUAAGCUCUGUCAUUCGUUCUGCAGCAUGAGUGAGUUUGCCUCCGAUAAGGAAGCCGAAGAUUAUUACAUACGUGGAUAUUCAGAUCGGUUUAAUAAAUUAGUUAAGCAAUUGAUGCAGCUUCUAGUGUCAUUGCGAGAUCGUCCAUGUGGCGUUUAUUUGGCAAGGCUGCUAAUGCGACUGGACUAUAACCGCUGGCUUAGUGGAGAGGCUCAGCUUACUCAGUCUGUUACUAACAUGCUACGGUACUAGUGAUGAAAAGCCUAGACAUUUUUACUUGAAUUAAUGUUUA